AUGUCUUUCAUAAAGCAAGGGGUUACUCAACUCGUCAAAAACACUAUUGCUGACAACCGCGUUGUGGUUUUUAGCAAGACAUGGUGCCCUUUCAGUCAAAAAGCGAAAAAGUUCCUCAAUGAUUCCAAUAUCCCAUACCACCCAAUUGAGAUUGAUUUACGACAAGAUGGGGCAGACAUUCAACAAGCACUUUUCGAUCUCACUGGCCAAAAGACGGUGCCAAACAUCUUUAUUGACAAGACACACAUUGGAGGAUACGUCGAUUUAAGGAAAGCAUUUCAAUCAAAGAAGUUCUUGGAUGCUACGUUAUUAGAGGAGAUAAGAAGUUCCAGCAAUACCUCAUCAAGUUUGUAG